AUGCCUUUGACCGGGCAGAAGAGGAAGCGUCAACACAAGCAUCCAUAUCUGAGCGGCAAUUUCGCACCGAUACAUCAUACGCGACCCCUCACUCCAUGCUCGUACUCCGGACAAAUACCAGACGACCUCGCGGGUGGACAGUAUCUUCGUAAUGGAGGCAAUCCCAUCUCAAACCAGCAACUGGGUCGUGAUGCUCAUUGGUUUGACGGCGAUGGCAUGCUAGCAGGAGUGCUCUUUGAGAAAUCUACAAGAGAUGGAUCAAUACAACCAUCCUUCGUCAAUCAAUACAUUCUGACAGACGUCAACAUAUCUGCGAGCUCUAGCCCGACGUUGCGCACACCAAUACUGCCCAGUAUAACAACACUUGUCAAUCCUGCCUCAUCACUGGUCUAUAUAAUACUUCGCAUACUCCGAACAGUGUUCCUAGCGAUACUAGCAGGUCUACCUGGCUCAAAACAAGCGAUCAAGAGGAUUAGUGUAGCAAACACCUCCAUCCUGUACCAUGAUGGCCGUGCUCUGGCUACCUGCGAGAGUGGCCCGCCUAUGCGUGUACAACUCCCGGACCUGGACACAGUAGGAUGGUUCAACGGCGAGUUUGCAGAAGGUGAAUCUUCUCAGCACCAAUCAACAGCCGAAGUCCUUGGCGGCCCAGGCUUAGUCGGAUUCAUGAAGGAAUGGACUACCGGACAUCCAAAAGUCGAUCCUGUCUCAAAGGAGAUGCUUCUCUUCCACUGCACUUUCAUCCAACCCUACGUUCAUUAUUCAAUUCUUCCAUCUUCACACGGUGUUUCUUCUCCAGUCGGACUCUCGAAGUCGGUCAACAUACCCGUUCCUGGCGUGUCCGGGGGCAAAAUGAUGCAUGAUUUCGGUGCUUCUAGGACACAUACCGUAAUCCUGGACCUUCCGCUAUCAUUAGAUCCAUUUAAUCUUAUGAAGAAUCGACCUGUUGUUUCGUAUGACGCCAAGAAGCCUUCGCGCUUCGGAGUAUUUCCUCGUCGAGAUCCAGCAAAAGUGCAGUGGUUUGAAACCGAUGCCUGCUGCAUUUUUCACACCGCGAAUACGUGGGACGUAUGCGGCUCAGAUGGUAAUGGUGAUGUCGUGGAGCUGAACAUGCUGGCAUGUCGGCUUACAUCAGCGACCCUCGUAUUCAACGCUGGGAACAUUGCAGCCCCUCCACCCCCUGGUAGUCGGCAUGCGGAAGAUCCUCGACGACCCAUCUCAUUCUUCGCGGCAUAUGAGAAUGAGAAAAUAUAUCGCGCAGACGAAGAUGAGGAUGAAUCAUCGCCCCUACUGCAUCACCUCACCCCAUCGACACUCAACUGGGAUAUAGAGAAAACAGCAAGAGAGAACUUACCCAGCGAACAAUGUCGUUUAUACCUAUACACAUUCUCGCUAAGCAGUUUGAAGAGUUCAAUCAGCAGACAGUUUGCUCUAUCUACACUGCCGUUCGAGUUUCCUACUCUGAACAAUGAGUAUUCUAUGUUAAAGGCACAAUACAUUUACGGCUGCAGCACGUAUACGUCGUCAUUUGGGGCGGCACUUGGCAAAGCCACGAAGAUUGACGUAUUACUCAAGAUGGACGUGCAGAAUCUCAUAAAGACUGCAGAGCAGCAUGAUAUAUCUGACGGCGGAUGCGUCGAUGAAAGGAAUAUAGACGAAAUCCUGGCCAGCAGCAAUGCACAAGAUCCUAUCAAGGCUUUCCGAAUGCCCCCGGGAUGGUUUGCACAAGAAGCCACGUUCGUAGCCAGACGCGAAGGAUCGAAGUGGUUUACAGGCAAAGAAGACGAUGGUUACCUCCUUUUUUACGCUUUCGACGAAUCACAACUAGACGAUGAAGGGAAUUGCCCCGACAAAGCCGUCUCAGAGCUCUGGGUCCUCGAUGCGACCGACAUGAAGGACAUCGUUGCAAAGGUACGCCUACCUCAGCGGGUACCAUACGGACUACAUGGUAACUGGUUUACUGAGAAAAUGAUUACUGAUCAACGCCCCGUCGAGAGCUUCAGGAAGCUUCAGGCGCCUGGUUUUGACCUCUCCACCCAACAAGUCCAUUUUAUCACUCAACAGUACCCACUUAGGAUGCACAAAGGUGGUGGUGUGUCCAAGCCGCGACUGACCUGCGAAGCAUGCACCAGACGCAAGGUCAAAUGCGACAAGAAAGUGCCGUGUACGAAUUGCGAUCGCUCCGGAGUAACCUGCGUGCCAGUGGAGCGACAGAGACUCCCACGAGGGAGACAUUUGAAUCGACGGUCGGAGCCGAGCAACGAUGCUGAUGUUCGAGAUCGACUCGCACGCUUAGAAUCCCUGGUGCUACAGCAGAGCAACAACCUGGCGCAGACAAAGUCGCCUUCGAAUGCUGACGAAGAGGGCGAACCCUCUUCCACUCCUGAGUCGCGGCCAGGAAGCUUUACUGAAGGCCAUCGCGGGUUCCCACUCAAUCCAUCAGCCACCUGGGGUGAUGCUUUGCCUCAUCCGAAAACCUCAACCUCAACCCCUUCUCACACAAUAGGAGGCUCGCCAUUCACCUUUUCAGACUCUAUCCCCACUCCUCAAUCUUUCCUUGAUGAGGUCGAGCAUGCCGCCGUGCCGUGGCUACACCAGAACCUUUGCGAAACUUUCAUAUCCAACGUCGAUCCGGUUUUCAAGGUCUUACACCGGCCGUCGGUUGCGGCUCACUUGAUCAAGGGAGGGUUGUACCUAAACUAUCCUCCUGAUAGCCCCGCUGUCGAGGCACUUGACUAUGCGAUCUAUCACGCGGCUGUAGCAAGCUUGACGGCUGAGCAAGCAAUGCAGACGUUUGGCCAGGCCAAGAAUGUUGUCAUUAAGCGAUAUCGACUUGCCGUUGAAGCAGCGUUAUCGAGAGCCGAUUUUGUCGUUACUGAAGACUUGACUGUGUUGCAAGCGUUCGUUCUUUAUCUAGUCGCAACUCGCUCUUACGAUCGUUCACGUCGUGUCUGGACUUUGCUUUCGCUAGCUGUGCGACUCGCACAGUCUUUGAACAUCCAUGUUGAUAACCCAUCCGUACAUCUUAUGCGUCCUUAUGACCGUGAAAUGGCGAAACGUGUGUGGUGGGCUAUCGGACUUCUUGAUAUCCAGGCCGCCAUGGAGCGUGGGGCUGACCCCAUGAUAACCAACGAGUGGCUGCAAGCGACUGCCCUCCCACUGAAUAUAAACGACGUCGACUUUUCUGUUGAUUCGGAGGGUCCCUUGAUCGAGUCCACUGACUACACUGAUAUGACUCUUUCUCUUGUUGGUAGCAAAGCUCAAGGUGUUGGACGUAUAUUGAACUUUCCCCCUCGUCUAGGACACAGCCAAACAGUAACCGAUUGGUACGCCAGGCACCGACUGGUUGAAGAUUUUCGUCUGGACAUCCAAAACCUUGUUCAAUGGCACAAGGUCGAUAAAGACACUGAACAGAUACGAUGGCAUAUCAAGCAAAUGUUCGAAGGUCUCGUGGCAUCUAUGCAGCUGAAUGCGGUUCGGCCAUUGCGCCCUCAGCCGAUCGAGCAACCUCCAAAUGUCAAAGGCUCACAUCUUCUUCGGCUGGCAGUGACAUCUUUGAUAAAAGACAAGGAGGUAUCCGACGAUCGGCGCAAUGACCCCUGGAUAUGGUUUGCCAAUCUUUGGGCACCAUGGCAUGACCUUGCAGUCGCACUUUCCGAGCUUUCCGUUUGUGAAGACCCGCAGUUGGUCAAGAGUUGCUGGAAGCCGAUAAAUGCUGCCUUCUCUCGACUCAGCGACAAAGUUGUUGACAGCCAUUCAACACUCUGGGGUCCGAUGGAAAAUUUGAUGGAGCAAGCAAAAGCCAGAUAUCAGUCAGUCAUGUCCAACAGCGCCAUGCCUACAUCAUCUAUUGCUAUGCCCAUGCCGAACGCUAUACCAUCGCCUGCGAGAUCUCAAAACUCCCAACAGCCCUCGCCACAGACUGCAAAUAUCAAUCUUACGCAUCGAUCUCCACAGAGCAGCCACAGCGAUCCGACCUUCUGGGCUGGUUUUGAUGGAAAUCAGUAUUGGCCUAGUCUGGACUCUGAGCUUGAUUUGAUGUCGGCGACAACUGCCAGUGACGUGGACACUGCAGCAUGGGCAACCUGGGACAACUUCCUUGGAAACAUCCAGCGGGGCGAUGAGUUUGGCUUUUCGUUCAGCUGA